AUGGCAGGCUCCACCAGUCAACCUCAGUCUAACAGCUCGCAAAUUUUCCAAGUUUGCGCUACCGCAAUCGUUCAAAGCCAAACGCAAAUGCAGCAGUCGCGAUUGUACGCAGAAUCUCAACGCCAACUCGCAGAAUCACACAAAAAAGAGGCAGCCUCGCUUCGCUCAGAGCUGCAGCAGCUACGUAGCGCUAUUUUUUACGUGCAAAGAGAGAGAGAUGGAGAAAACAGCAAAUGCACCAUUCUGCAAGAGCUGAUUGACACUCAGCGCUGUAUCAUUCGAGACUAUGAACGACAGCGCCAGGGUCAGAUAUCCAGCCACCUGCAAGAGCCAAUGAACUAUGAGUCAAAUCUUCAACAAUUCACCCAUGUCCCUGUCACUCAGGAUAACCCUGUUGAGACUGGUGGAGGCGAGCCAGGGGGCCUGCAUGUGGGCCAAAUGGAGUAA